AUGCAAGAAUCUUUAGUUGAUGAGAUGAAUAUUCGUCGACGUCAUGAUGAGAAAAAUAUGAAAACCGCAUCAACACAAUCAUUAAAUAAUUUAAAUUUACAAUUGAAAGAGUUUAAAAUAACGGAACAAACUAAUUCCAAUAGUCCAGAUAAUGAUAAGCAUAAAUUUGUACAUGAUGUUGUCUGGUGUGAUUUAGCUGAGCAAUUUCGACUGAAUUUAAUUACACAGUUAGAUGAACAUCUAAAAGUAUCAUUGAAUGAUCUAGUAAGUACAGCAAUUUCAAGAGAUAGUUAUCUACAAAAUACACAAGCACUUAAUGACUGGAUGACUGAUAAAGAAUUUACGAGGACACUCCAAAAAGGUUCACAGGCCCAGAACAAAUUAUUUGUCAGAUGA